AUGGCCACCGCAGACGAACUACAUGUUGGGAAACACUUCCCCAACCGUCCCCAAUUCUCAGGCUUCAUGAAGCCAUGUCGCUUUGAGGCCGAAGUUCAAAACCUGGAGGUUUACGGUGAAAUCCCCCAAGAUAUCGAUGGCACGUUCUACCGCGUGAUGCCAGAUCCGCAACUGCCACCUUUUUUCGAGAAUGAUCCGUGGUUUAAUGGAGAUGGGAACAUCAGCGCUUUUCGGAUUAAGAAUGGAUCUGUUUCCUUCCAGCAACGAUAUGUGCAGACGGAGAAGUUUACUCGGGAACGAGAGGCGCAGAGAUCCUUGAUUGGUGUUUUACAGAAAACCACCUUGUUUGGCAAAUAUCGAAACAAAUUCACCGACGCAGUCGAGUUCAAAGUCCGCAGCACCGCAAAUACAAACGUGGUUUACUUCAACGGCCAGCUUUUGGCAUUAAAGGAAGACUCUCCUCCUUAUGCCCUAGAUCCACAGACUCUAGAGACGAAGGGGCUGCAUACGUUUGACGGACAGCUUCCGAGCCUAACUUUUACUGCUCAUCCAAAAUUCGACCCCGAUACGGGAGAGAUGAUUUGUUUCGGCUAUGAAGCUAAAGGAGAUGGGACUCCGGAUGUUUGCUAUUAUACUGUGAGUCCGAAGGGAGAAUUUACGCAGGUGGUUUGGUUGGUUGCGCCUGUUGUAGCUAUGAUUCAUGAUUUUGCUGUCACAGAGAACUGGGUUCUGUUCCCUUUGAUCCCGCAGUUAUGUGAUAUCGAGCGAAUGAAGAAGGGUGGAGAGCAUUGGGAAUGGAGUCCAAGUACUCCGUUCUAUAUUGGCGUUAUACCCAGAUAUGGUGCGAAAGCAUCUGAUGUUAAAUGGUUCUCCUAUCAAAACUCCUUCCCAGGACACACAGCAAACGCAUACGAGAACGCAGAUGGCCAAAUCACGUUUGACCUUGGACUUAGCAACACGAACGUCUUUUACUGGUGGCCCGACUCUGAAGGAAAUGCCCCGGAACCCAGUCAGAUACACUCACAACUGACUCGAUUCGUCUUCGACCCCAAAUCCAACGACCUCAAUCUUCUACGACCACAAGUCUUACAGAACGGCAACACGGAAUUCUACCGAAUCGACGACCGCUUCGCCACAAAACCACACAAGCACUGCUUCUUCGACCUCAUGGACCCAACCCUGGGAACGGACUUCCAAGCCAUCGGCCCCGUCAUGGGAGGAGGCUAUCCUCCAUACAACGCACUGGCACACUACGAUAUUAGCACAGAUGAAACAGCAGUGUACUUCCCCGGAAAGCAGCACUUUGUGCAGGAGCCUGUUUUUAUCCCUCGGGCUGGAUCUACGGAAGAGGGGGAUGGGUAUGUGAUGGCUUUGGUUAACAAUUAUGCAACGCUUUUUAGCGAGUUGCAUCUCUUGGAUGCGAGGGAUUUCGGUAAGGCAUUGGCGGUUAUAUUGUUGCCGUUGAGACUUAGACCGGGGCUUCAUGGGAAUUGGGUGGAUAGUCGUGAUAUGGAGGGGUGCUGA